AUAUAGCAGUGAAGAAGAAAAGGAAUUCGUUUGCACUGCUCACGUUGCCUUAACCAGAACUCUCCUUCUGAUAGAGGGACUUUACACAGUUGUUUUACCUUGGAAAGGUACAUCAUUCUUAUUUGACGUUUGAUCAGAGGUGUCUACAACAUUAAGAUCUCAGGUGGCACUUAUCAUGCACUGCAAGCUAAUGUAAUCGUUUUAGUCAGCCAACAAGCUAGCUUGGACAGUUACUUCUGGUUAAUGCUGUCGUCAGUGAAAUAGCAGCUAACACAGGAAGGUCGACAUACAAAACUUCCUAGCUAAAUACUUAACUAUUUCUGGUAUCUAAACUGCAUCUCUUACUGGGAUCAAGUCACCUAUCGUGGAAAGGUACCGACCAUGGCCUCGCGAGCUGGCCCACGAGCAACUGGGACAGAUGGAAGUGACUUUCAGCACCGGGAGCGAGUCGCCUCGCACUAUCAAAUGAGUGUCGCACUGAAAUCUGAGAUCCGCAAGCUGAACAUUGUCCAUGUGAUCAUCUGGCUGCUGAUAUUGGCCCAGGUGACUGUGAGCCAGCUGAACCUGAUCUCGCACGACGUGGUGGCCAGCCCAUACAACUGGGAGUACCCUUAUCUCCUCAGCCUCUUCCCCACCAUCUUCAGCUUCAUGGCCAUGCCCCGCAAUAACAUCAGCUACCUGGUCAUCUCCAUGAUCAGUGCUGGGCUCUUCUGCAUCGCGCCCCUCAUCUAUGGCGGCAUGGAGAUGUUCCCAGUGGCCCAGCAGCUCUACCGCCACGGCAAGGCCUACCGCUUCAUCUUCGGCGUUUCGGCCGUGUCCGUCAUGUACCUGGUGAUGGUAAUCGCCGUGCAAGUGCACGCCUGGCAGAUCUAUUACAGCAAACAGCUGCUGGAUUCUUGGUUCACCUCUACGCAAGACAAAAAGAAGAAAUAGACUGACACGACAGACCAAAAGGAUUGGACAGGAUGUGGUCAUUUCAACAUGCAGUCAGUUAUCCCUCUCCCAUUGAUCCCAGUUUUUUUUAAUAGUUUCAUCACAGCAUGCUUAAGGGUUUAAAAUUGCUCUGCGCUGUUUGAUGAAACAAGGUGUACUGUCUGCCCCUCUUUAAACGUCUUACUCCCAUCAUCUCAUUGCCCAGCCUGGAACAUAGAUUAAAAUGCGCCAAUUACA